AUGUCCUUUAGUGCCACCAUCCUUUUCACUCCUCCAACAGGGCAAGAUGAUGCCAAAUGUGGAUGCAAAACUGAAAGCACUCAAGGUGGCUCUGUGAUUGUUGAUGGACCAACUCCAGUUACGGUUACUGGUCAAGGAGUUUCAGUACAAGGAUGUGAGCAGCUUCUGCAUCUUAUCUAUCAGCGUGUGGAGAAAGCAGUGGGACUUGCUGAAGCUGCUCUUAAUGUGGCCAAAGCAAACAGUAGUCUACUGAGCCAACUACAGGAUGAAGUGAGCAGUUUACGGAAUAUGCAUGAAAGAUCAGAAAGACCAAAAUCACCUGAUAACACUGCAAGAUGUAAGCUAUCAGACGAGGAAGAAGUUGAAGAGAUCAGAGGAGUGCAGGUUGUCAUAGAGGAGCUCAGACAGCUGGGUGCAGCAUCUGCAUCAUUAGUUCCUGGACUUCAUCCACCAACCAUGGAAAGGACAAAAGAAAGCUGCUUGCCUCCAUGUCCUCCAAAUGAGACACAAUCACUUCUAAGUCCCAUUCAUAUUCCGGCUAUAGAUGAUUUUUUAACUCCAGAACCAACAGCCCAAAGGAUUUUGCCACCCAACUUCGUGAAGCCAGUGACAGAUUCACAUCCUCCUAGGGACACAGUGGACGCUCUAAAUGAAGCAACUCCUCCAAUUCUGAAGUCAGCACAUUCACAUCUUCUAAUACAGAAGGAUGGCUCCCUUAGUCCUGGUUGCUUGAUUAUGGCAGAGUCUUCUCCAGAUGCUACAGAGAUGAGGCCUCCAGUGUCACCACCAUCAUUUUUGCCGUAUUAUACUGGCACAAGCUCUCGCCAACGAAGCAAUGGCCAGAAAUGUUCUAGAAGAAAACGAGACCUGGUUUUGUCUAAACUAGUGCAUAACAUUCACAAUCACAUCUCCAAUAACAAGCGCUUCAAUGGCUCAGAAAGCAUCAAGUCUUCAUGGAAUAUUUCUGUUUUAAAAUUCUUGGUGGAAAAACUGAAACAAGAGCUGGUGUCCAGUGCCCAUCGUUACACCGACAAGGAACUGAAAGGUGCCUGUGUUGCCUACUUUUUGACAAAAAGGAGAGAAUAUCGAAACUCUAUGAAUCCAUUUAAGAGUCUGCGGGAGAAAGAAGAAAAGAAGCUGAGGAGCCGACGAUACAGGCUUUUUGCAAACAGAUCAUGGGGUGUGCAACAGUUUUCUCCUGAAGACCAAGCCUUGUGGGAGGGUGUUACGGAAGAGUUAAUGUCUGAUGAAGAGGACAGUCUGUCUGAGCCAGGUGUAUGGGUAGCUCGGCCACCUCGUUUCCGAGCACCAGAGCUCUCUAGACUCUGUUACAGCAUUGACUCGCAUUCUAAACAUGGCAAUAAAACCAAUCGUGUCUACGGUGCUCUUUCUGACCGACUGCCUUCUGCUGAGGUUCAUAUAUUGCCCCCUCACCUUUAUAAUCCUGACUGGGAAAGGGAAGUGAAUGAGGAGGAACUGACAGGAGGUGCACGGGGAAGAAAAUCCUUUUGUCCUGAUCUCAAUUCCUUUAUACAGAUAAAAGUGGAAAAAGAUGAAUAA